GCUGCGCCGGCCACAUCAGGUCUGAAGAGGGGGAGUCACACCUCUAGCGGGAGUCCAGGAAAGGACCCUUGGUGAGGAACAAAGGUUCCUAGGAGACAAACCGUCCGGGAAGACAGGAGCCCUCCCUGUGAGGCCUUAGAGCACCCCUUAACAAGGAGACCUGCUCGUGGGAUCUCACCUCCCAAACUCCUGCUCACACUUGCGCCUGCGGCUCCCAACAAGACUCAACAUGUCUCGCUUUUCAAAGCAUCCACGCCUCACAGCUGAGCCCAGCUCUGUGGCCCAAAGUGAGAUGCAGCUUUCCGUACCUAGGGAGGAGGAGGAGGAGGAAUCCUCUUGCUCUUUCAGCUUCUCCUACCUCUCCAGCUCCUCCUCUACUCCUUCCUCUCCUGUAAUGCCAGGUACUGGAGAGGAGGAGGAGGAGGAGGAGGAAAAGGUGGCAGAGAGAGAGAUGGAGAUAGAGAGGGAGGAGGAGGAGGAAGAGGAGGAGGAAGAGGAGGAGGAAGAAGAGGAAAAGCAGGAGCAGCCUGCUGCCCAGACACCAGGUCCUCCCCUGAGUCCUCAGAGAUAUGCGGCGCAGAGCAUGUCCGAUGGAGCCUCCGGUGGCCCAGAGAGUGAGGAGACAAGCUCCCCGCAGGCCUCUGCAGACCCCGAUUCUAUGGACAUAGAUCCACUAGAAGAGAAGGUGGCCAAUUUGGUGCAUUUCAUGGUCUUUAAGUAUCGACUGAGGAGGUCUGUUACAAGGGAAGAAUUGCUGAAAGUUGUUAAGAGAAGGGACAGGGCUCAAUUCCCUGUGAUCUUUCAGAAGGCUUGUAAGUGCUUGGAGGUGAUCUCUGGUGUUGAUGUGAAGGAAGUGGACCCUGCCACCCACUCCUAUGUCCUUGUCAACUCACUGGAUCUCACCUAUGAUGAGAUGCUCGGUGACCUCCAGAGCAUGCCUAAAAACGGCCUCCUGAUAAUCAUCCUGGGUCUGAUCUUUUUAGACGGCAACUGCGCCCUUGAGCAAAACAUCUGGGAGUUCCUGAGUAUGCUGGGAGUGUAUCCUGGGAGGAAGCACUUCAUUUAUGGAGAGCCUAGGAAGCUCAUCACCGAAGUUUGGGUGCGGGAAAAUUACCUGCUGUACCAGCAGGUGCCUGACAGUGACCCUCCACGCUACACGUUCAUGUGGGGUCCCAGGGCCCAUGCUGAGACCAGCAAGCUGCAAGUUCUAGAAUUUUUGGCCAAGAUCAAAGGGACUGACCCCACUUCCUUCUCAUGCUGGUAUGAGGAGGCUUUAAGAGAUGACAGAGAGAAAGCCGAGGCCAGAGCUGCCCCCCGGGGGUCGUGCGGCUGCCCCCUGCAAGGCACGGAAGUAGUCUGUAGCCUCUCCUUCCCCAGCUGA